AGUCCAACCAUGUACUCAUUCAAGAACUUAAUAAUACAGACAGUCCUUGUCCAGAUGGUGGUAGUCAUCCAGGCUGGAGUCUAUAGCACAGAUGACCAAUGGGUUUUUGUGGACAGAACUAAGGACCUGCCGGAGGAAGCUGUUUUGGGUGGCUACGAUCCAGAGGGCUACUACAACUACGUGGGUCGUGUGUCGUACGUCAGUAACGUUCUGCCCGCUCGAGUGGUUCCGGAAUUGGGACGGGCAACCUCCAACACGGACACGUUGAACUUCGUAACUAUUACCUACGAGGUCCUGGUGUCUAAUGCCACAGUAAGCUACGAGUGGAUCCGCAGUUUCGAUGGUUUCCGGGAGAAGAAUGCUGUAUCUGUAGGAACUAAUUCCGCCAACGAUCGCGUCUUCAUCUGUCGCAUCCGUAGCGAUAAUGCGCUCUUCAUUGGAACCUUGUACCCUCCGAAGCGAAAGUGCGUUGUCAAAUAUGAAAACAUCCCACUUCGUGAGUUCGACAAGUAUGAGAUCCUGGUCAGAAAGCGCAAAGUAGCUCUGAUUGUGCCAUAUGUUUUGUAGAUUGGUACAUAGUAAACUGAAUGUUAGCAAAUAAAAUACAUGCUUAUUG